AUGGACCCGAUGAUCGGCGUCAGCAGGAGCGACAUGCUCGCCGGCUUGGAGCGCGACGGCGCGGACCCCGAGACGCUGGACGUCGGCACAAACCUGCUGCUCUACUUCGUGUACCACUACCUCCCGGACCCGCCCGUCUCCCCCACCGCACCCCUCUCGCUCGCCGGCGCGUCCUGGGUCCCCGACGGCGUCGACCAUCAGCCGCCUCCCCGAUGUGGUCCUCCGCGACAUCAUCUCCCGCCUCCCCGCCAAGGACGCCGCGCGCACCGCCGCGCUCGCCUCGCGCUGGCGCCCCCUCUGGCGCUCGGUGCCCCUCACUCUCGUCGACAGCCACCUGCUUCCGGACGGCGGCGUGCGCGGGCAGUUCAUCAUCGGUGCUCCCUCUCCCCGCGCCGUCACUGCCGCGGUGUCCCGCGUCCUCGCGGCGCACCCGCACCACCAUGGAGGAGCAUCGUGACGAGAUGUCGCGCUCGCUCGACACCGUCCUCGCCAAGGGAGUCCAAGAGCUCGUCUUUGUCAACCGCCCUUGGCCGAUUGACCUGCGCCUCCCUCACCCGCCUCUAUCUCGGCGUCUGGAGACUGUCGGACACCGUCGCCGUGCCGCGCGGCGCCAGAUUCCCCAACCUCCUAGAGCUCGGCCUCUGCAUUACUGUCAUGGAGGACCGUGAUCUAGCAUUCAUGCUUGAAAGAAGCCCCGUUCUGGAGUUCCUCGUCAUCAUCGGGAGCCAGAGCGGACUGCGCCUCCGCCUUGUCAACCUAAGCCUGCGGUGCGUUCAGCUGGGCUGUACCUUCUUGGAGGACAUCGACGUGGUGAAUGUCCCUCGCCUGGAGAGGCUUUUCCAGCGGGAUAAUCUUUCCGAGAGCGAGCUCGCUGACACUGCCCCAAGCUUCUCUUCCAAGAUCAAGAUUGGGCGUGCACCAAACCUGCUUGUGCUGGGAUAUCUUCAGCCAGGAGAGCAACAGUUGGCGGUUAGCAACACCACCCUAAUCUAA